AUGUGUUACUUUCUCACUGGCCUGGCCGACGAGACUCUGACAGUCAAGCUGGGCGAGGAAGUGCGAUCAACCUUCGCUGAGGUCUUACAGAGGCUAAGAAGGAUCGAUCUGACUAUAGGAGAUCCGAGAGGGCCUUAUGAGAGGUACACUCCAACCACCAUUCUGAUCUCUGAGAUUCUCACCAAUAUCGAGGAGAACGGUUUAGAAAAGCUCCUCAAGCGACCUCAUAAGCCUAGAGGAGACCUCAAGAAAUGCAGCAAGGACAGGUACUGUCGAUUUCAUCACGACCAUGGCCAUGAUACCAUGAGUUAUUGGGAGUUAAAGCACCAAAUUGAAGACCUGAUUCAAGAUGGCUACUUCAAAAAAUAUGUAGGCAAGUUAGGCUCGAGCUCGGUAGAAAAGAAACAAGAGAGGAAGCGUUCAAAGACGCCACCUCGGAGGGAUGACCGACCUGCGGUCAUCAAUACCAUCUUUGGCGGCCCUAGUGGAGGCCAAUCCCGAAACAAGAGGAAGGAGCUUGUCAGGGAGGUUCGGUGUGAAGUCUGCACCAUUCAAGAACGGAAGCCGACCUACCCUAUCUCUUUCUCCGAUUCCGACUUUGAGGGGGUACAUUUGCCCCGCAAUGACGCCUUGGUGAUCUCGCUGCUGAUUGACCACGUUCAGGUCAGAAAGGUGUUAAUGGAUAGAGGUGCUUCGGCCAACAUUCUAUCUCUUACCACUUACUUAACGCUGAGAUGGACCAAGGCACAGUUGAAGAAGAGUCCAACACCCUUAGUUGGAUUCGCAAGAGAAUCAGUCACCCCCAAAGGCUGCAUUGACCUUCCUAUUACCAUCGGCCAAGGUGACGCCCAAGUCACGCAAAUGGCCGAGUUCGUGGUGAUUGAUGGCCGAUCGGCCUACAAUGCCAUUUUCGGCCGACCUAUUAUUCAUUCACUUCGGGCCAUCCCGUCGACUCUACAUUAA